AUGAAGAAACCAGAGGUUGAUACCAACACUGUUGUCAAAUCUAUCAAGCAAAGAUUCUCAAGCGUUUUUGAACAAUGCAUUGGUAAAACACCCAACUUUACAUGCUCUUUAAAACUAAAGGAUAAUUCAAGACCUGUGUACUUAAAACCCAGACCAGUACCUCAUGCUCUUCGAGAAGCUGUUGAGAAUGAACUAGAUAAACUUGAAAAAGAAGACGUAAUAGAGAAAGUGGAUCAAUCUGAGUGGGGAACACCGAUUGUUGUGAUUCCAAAAGCAAAUGGAGCGGUCCAUAUUUGCGCGGAUUACAAGGUAACUGUGAACCAACAACUACAUGACAGUCGUUAUCCAAUACCAAGAAUAGAGGAUAUCCUUAACAAAAUGAGAAAUGGAAACUAUUUUUGCACUUUAGACAUUUACAAGGCUUAUUUACAUCUUUCAGUGGACUCUGAAAGUUCUAAAAUCCAGACGAUUACCACACAUAAGGGUACAUAUCUAGCAAAAAGACUGUUUUUCGGAAUUAAGACUGCCCCAAAUGAAUUUCAUAAAUUUAUUGACCAAGUCGUACAAAAUCUUGAAGGGACAGUGGCUUAUUUUGAUGAUAUUGUUGUACAAGGCUGCACUUUUGAAGAAUGCAAAUCCAGGCUCAUAAAGGUCUUAGAAAAAUUGGAACAACACAAUCUACAUGUGAAUAUUGAAAAAUGCAAGUUUUUUGAGAGAAAGGUGCAGUAUCUGGGUCAUAUCAUCAGCAAAGACGGUAUCCAGAAAUCACCAGAAAAGGUAAGGGCAAUCCAGGAUGCUCCCCGUCCAACAAAUAUCACAGGAGUGCGUCAAUUCCUUGGACUAGUACAGUACUAUUCAAAGUUCAUCAAAGAUGCAUCUACACUGCUAAAUCCCUUACAUCAGCUUCUAAGGAAAGAAAAACGUUUUCACUGGUCCCAGGAAUGUGAAAAAGCUUUUACUUGUGUUAAAGAAGAGAUAGCAAGUGACACAGUCCUUACUCCAUACAACCCAGACUUCCCCGUGAUACUUGCUACAGAUGCUAGCCCUGUUGGCUUAUCAGCUGUGCUGUCUCAUAAAAUGCCAAAUAAUGAAGAGAGGCCUAUUGUGUUUGCCAGCAGAUCCCUCACUGCUGCAGAGCGCAACUAUAGCCAAUUGGACAGAGAAGCAACUGCUGUAUAUUGGGGAUGUAAAAAAAUGUUCGAUUAUAUAUACGGAAGGAAGUUUACUCUUGCCAUUGACAACAAACCACUGAUGACCAUAUUUCAUCCAGACAAGAAACUACCAUUGUUGACUUCAUCCAGGAUGCUUAGAUAUGCUCAUUUUCUUUCAGGAUUUCAUUAUGAGAUUGUACACAAAAAAUCAAACGACCACUGUAAUGCAGAUUACCUCUCAAGACAUCCCUUACCCAUAAAAGAAGAGAAUAUAAAUGUGGUUGACGAAGAUUACACUGUUCGAAGAGAGACAAUACACUGCAUAACAACCGAUACAAUCAUGGCUAAAGACAUAGAAAAAGAAACAUCAAUUGACGAAGAACUCUUUCGCUUAAAGGAAAAGCUCCUAAACGGAGAAGUCGCUGACCCAGAAAUAUCACUUCAAGACGGAAUUAUUUUUAGAGGAAAUCGUGUUAUCAUUCCAAAAAAGCUACAACCUAAAAUCCUCCAAGAAUUACACUCAACACACGUAGGAAUAGUGCGGAUGAAGAGUCUGGCAAGAAACUACUGUUACUGGAAAAACAUUGAUACAUAUAUUGAGAGUAUGGUGGCAAGUUGUAAGGCAUGUUGUGAGAAUAAGAAAAAUCCAGAGAAGGCUCCUACCCAUGUUUGGGAAAUACCAAAACGCAAUUGGCAGCGAGUCCACAUGGAUUACGCAGGACCUUUUCUGAAUCACAACUUCUUGAUUGUUGUAGAUGCCAGGUCAAAGUGGCCAGAAAUAUAUCCGAUAAAAAGUGCGCCAACAACUGCCAGUACUAUUCAUUACCUCAGAGAAAUAUUCAGUCACCAUGGCCUACCAGAAAUAUUGGUCAGUGACAAUGCCAAAAUUUUUAAAUCUGCAGAGUUUCAAGCAUUCUGUAAACGCCAAGGAAUAAGACAACGAUUCAUUGCACCAGGAAACCCCUCUACAAAUGGUCAAGCGAAAAGAUUUUGCCAAACACUCAAGACAAAACUGAGGUGCAUGCAGUUUGAACAGGGCACUUUACAUGAAAAACUGUGUGCACUAUUAUUUCGGUACCGAGCUACACCACUGAGUACUGGUGCAUCCCCAGCACAAUUAAUGUUUGGCAGGAACUUGAGAACCAAGCUAGAUCUCUUAAGGCCUGGCGAAGAUGACAAAAAUGAGGCUCAACAACCAAUAUUUAACAAACAUUACAAUAUUGGGGAGAGAGUACAAUCAAGAAAUUACGCAGGAUCCAUUCUGUGGAAAUUUGGAACUGUGGUGGAAAGAAUGGGACGACUUCACUAUCUCGUAGAAAUUGAUGAUGGAGUACCUCUGCAUGUAACAGGAAGGAUUGGGUUCACGGAAUUAAAGUCUGCAACAUUUCUGCUAGAAGCAGACAAGAGAUAUCAUUCCAUGGACAGUGUUGGUGCUGGCAAUUUGUCAGUUUUCAGACAAGCCAGAAGAACCAAUAACAACCAGGAGGCAUAUCACCGAAAACGAAUGAUGCUGAUGAGACACGCCCUACCAAACAUCUGGCUCGAGAACGACGAGGAUAUUGAUGAAGCCGUAAUUGAAACUCCAGACUCAACAUGCGCCAGUACAACUACAAGGAAGCGACGAAUCAUCCUCAGCACUCCAAGGAAAAACAAACUCCGAGUUCGGGAGCGACAUGUGACAAAUUUGGAUGAUUUUGGAAAAUCAGCAAUCCGUCGCCACAUCGUCAGUUACUACGAGCGGAAAGAAGUGCCCAUCUUAAAAAAAUUAGGUCAUUCUUUGAAGGAAGCUGGACUUUUUUGUGGAGGUAAGACUUCUCUUGCCAAAGUUUUGAAAGAAUUAGGCUUCGUCUACAAAAAAUGCAACAACAGGAAGGUUCUAAUGGAGAAGCCGUCUGUAGCUUUGAAGAGAUGCCAAUUCCUACGAAAAGCUCGUAACAUUGACCUAGAUAAGCCUUUUUUUCUUGGACGAGACAUGGAUAAAUCAAAAUGCGUCUGUUACGAAAGGUUGGACGGAUGA